CCCUACUUAUUAUUUAAUCAUCUAUCUAGGAAAUCCCCAAUAGUUAUGGCUCCCAGGACUGUGUGGUUCUGGCUCCACUUCCUCUCCUACAAGUUUCCACCAUCUUGUCUCCUCAUCUCUGUACUCUCUAACUCUCCGCCCACCUUCUUUUUCCACUGCCCAGUUACAGGCUCUAGCCUUAUCUUGUGCCCUGCCCUCACCUGCUCAUAGACCGCAAUCCACAGGGUGGGACCUCCGUGGAAAGUGUCUCCAGAUAACAGAGUCCUCUCCCCUACAGCUCUGGAAAGACUCAGGACUGGGGCAGCUCUCACAUUGGCAUCUGCUUUUGCUUCUCGAAUGGCACAAGCAAUCUCAGAUAAUCCAGAAUAUAGAGACUACAAACCUCUAAACCCAGUAGCCGUCAGUUGAUUGUAUUUAAGUUUAGGUGAGGUGUACAUCUACCACUGUGGGAAACAUUUCUCUACUUCUGAUUGCCACAUUUGGAAACUUCUCAGAAAAAGCCAUGGGCUCAGACUUUAGCACGGUGAAGAUAAGAAAGGUCACUUCUUGCUCCAUCUGCAAGGCCAUGAUGUCUCACCCAGUGAGCAUCAACUGUGGACACAGCUACUGCAAAUCCUGCAUACAGAGCUAUUAUUGCAAUGUCAGCCCAAAAACAGGGUGGAAGAUGUUGGGCUGUCCUUUGUGUAGUAGUCCAUUUAGCUUAGAGAACCUCAGGCCCAACAAGGAGCUAGAAACCAUAAUUGAUAUGAUCAAGGGGAUGGAAGAGCAGGAUCAAGACAUGGUGUGUGAGGAACAUGAAGAGAAGUUCAAUCGCUUUUGUGAAGAUGACGGUCAACUCCUCUGCUGGCGCUGUUAUUGGGAAGAUCGGCACAAAGGUCAUACCUUGGCUCAUGUGAAAGAUGUGUACCAGAACUACAAGGAAAAACUCCAGAACACCAUGACAAAAUUGCGUGAACUCCAAGAGAAUCACGAAGUUCAGAUACAUUUCAUAACACACCAAAUAAAUGCCUGGAAGGAUGCUGUAGAGGAUCGUCGGCAAACAAUCAAGUCAAACUUCAAGAAUCUCCAGAGUUUUCUACAGGAAGAAGAGAAGUUUUAUCUUUGGAGGUUGGAAAAUGAGGAAAAGGAGAUGCUGGUGCAGCUGGAAGGCAGCGAGGCCAAUCUACAGCAGACGUUUGAGAGAGCUCAAUGCCAAAUUCAGGAACUGGAGGCAAAAUGUCAGGGCUCAGCCCAGAAAUUGCUACAGGACGUGAAAAACACUUUGAGCAGGUGUGAGGCCAUGAAGCGAAACCCACUGAAGGCUGAUCCCCUGAAGGUUCACACUAAAUGUAAUGUGUCUGAGCUGUACUUCGAUGUGAAGACGAUAUUACGACGUCACCAAGUCAGCGUGAUCCUGGACCCCAGCACAGCCCACCUUGACCUAGCUCUGACUAAAGGUGGAAGAUUAGUGACUUACAAAAGAUGCCCCAGGGAUCUUCAGGCAAGAUCUUCAGCCAAGAGGUUUUAUGGUUUACCCUGUGUCCUGGGCUGUGAGGGCUUUACUUCGGGGAGAUAUUACUUUGAAGUCUCUGUUGAGAAUGCAACCAGUUGGGAUUUGGGAGUCUGUGUAGAGAAUGUGCACAGGGGCUUUAACAUGAAGAAGGAGCCUGAGUCUGGAUUCUGGACCAUCAAGAUGUCUGAAGAGGACGGCCUUGAAGCUCUUACUUCUACCCCUACUCCUCCCCUUCAUCUGAUUGAAAAGCCCCAGAUUCUGGGAGUUUUCCUAGACUAUGAGGCUGGAGCUGUAUCGUUUUACAGUGUAACUACUGGCUCUCAUAUCUUCACCUUCCCUAAGGCUUCCUUCCAGGAUACUCUGAGGCCCUUUUUCCAGGUUUAUCAAUAUUCUCCUUUGUUCCUGCCUGCCAUAAAUAAUCAAUGAAAGAAGUAAGUCCCUAUGCCUUAAGUAGCCUCAUAGAAAACCCAUAAAUAUCACAAGGCAGAAACUUUAUCUUCACUGCUAUCCCAAUUCUUUUAGUGAACUUUCAAUAAAUAUGCAUUGAAUUAAUAACCCUUUCAAAUGUGUUGAAUAUUGAAUGACUCAAAACAUAUUGCACGAUCCCUGUGUUUGAAGGUAAUUAUUGUUUUCUGUUUAUAGUGGGCACAGCUGUGAGGGAUGUUUUUC